AUGGCUACCGCUGGUGUCUAUAUUAUUUCCUCUUCGCCGCCGCGACAAUUGGUAUCUUAUAAUAUGUCUUCGUCGCCUUUACCAUCCCCGAGCGAGAUAUUCAAACAAAGAAAAGCCCCCAAUUUGCGAAGAGACAGUAGUGAUGCGCCUAUUCCUACAGGCGCGACAGCCACCUUCGCGAGCGCAUCGAGUUUGUUGGGAAAGGCUUCCUCUAGAUCUCUUCAAGGGGUUGUUACUGAUCCAUCCUUGAUCACGACACUGUUGCAGGAUGAAAACGAAUCGAACAAAUCUGCGAAACCAAAAGCUCCACGAAAAACCGCUACAAAGAAGGAAGGUGGGACUAUUGAGAGGGGGACGAAAGCACCCCGUAAGACUGCAAAUAAGAAGAAUGAAGAUGGAGCUGGGGGUAUCGUAGAGGAAGUAGUGGCUAUGGCUGCAGAAGUCGUAGCAGAAAAGAAACCGCGAAAAUCUAAAGCUAAGAAGGGAGUUGAUGCUGCAGGAGGGGAUGAAGGUGCCACGGAUGCAAUUGUACCGGGAAUUACAGAGGCGGUAGUGGAAAAGAAAACACGCAAACCUAGGGCUCAGAAGGGAGAUGAUCUUACAGGAAAGGGUGUAAAGGAGAAAGCACCACUUAAACCUAAGGCGAAGAAGACCGAAGUUGAAGCCGGGAAUGAAAUCGUACCCAAAGAGAAAGCAAUGAGGAAGCCGCGAGCUAAGAAACCAGAUGGGAACACAAAUGUACAACCAAAGAUUGUCAAAGGCAGAGUGACCAAGACUGCCAACAUCCCGACUACCGACAAAUUCGAAGCCUCAAUGGCCGACACGGUUAGCACACAUUUUGCGCCCAACCCGAUUGUUGAAGAUAUAGUUGCAGAGGAAGGAUUUGGUUUAGUAGAGGCUAUUAAGAGAAGAAAGAACUGGACGCCACCGAAACCAACACAAGCUCCAAUUGACUUUGAGGACAGUCCAGAAGCUAGUGGCUCUGACACCAAUAACAAAGGCUUCGCAGAACUAUUGGGAAAUUUUGGAUUCAGCAGUAAUGAGCCAAAUUCUAUUGAGAAGAGGAUAUCUUCAGGAGUAUCUAAUGGAGCUGCUGCAACAAGGAAAAGAAAGUUAAUCGAGAUGGUCACGACGAAUGUUCCAACAACAACCGGUACAAAGGUCACAAAGGAAAAAGCUGUCAAGAAAAAGGCCAGGACGCUCACGGACCUUGCUACAUCCGCUUAUGCAACAGCGGGAGAUGAUGAUGAUGUUAUUCUUGAUGCGCCUGCGCCAUUACUCCAAUACUUUUCUCAUGCAACCACUGGCGAAUUUACCAAUGGCGGCUUUAAAAUACCUCCCAAGCCAAAGUCAACGAGUCCAGUAAAACGAUUGCCAAAUUCUAAAAAAGGCUCCGCAAAAGAGCCAAUUCUUCUCUCCCCAGAAUCUGCACUGAAGCAAGUAGGUAACCAAGAUUUUGUUUUUGGUACUUCAAGUCAACUGGCACGAGAGAAUUCUCCUUCAUUACUGCGCGACUUGCACAAUGCUAUGCAAGCAACCAAUGAAUUAGAUGACUACGACGACCCUUUUCUUUCGCCUCCUACGAAGAUAGCGGAAAGAACGAAAGCUGCCAUGGCUGCGAAACGGAAUCUUUGGUCCGUUGCGACUCGUGAUGAUCAUUGGGAUCUGAUGGAUAUUGAGACGGUAGACUUGGCAUAUACACCUGUUGCGAAACCGCGGGGUAGAAUGAUACCUUCACAAAAGCCUUCAUCAUUAUUGGUUACUCCUGCGAAGGACGAUUGGUUCGAUAUUGACGAAUCUGAAGAUGAUCGACCCCCUUCUACCCAAGUUCCAGCAAGACAAAUGGUUCCAAUCGAGAUGUCCAUCAAUUUUCAGCUUUUAAACAGUCCUUUUCGACCUAAGGAUUCCUCGAAGGAUGUGUCUACAUCUCCCCCACAAAAAGUCAUCACUCCUAAGAAAAUUGAUGCCUCAAAAAUGCCCGACUAUGAUUCGUUUACUACGCCACAGUUAUCGAAAGAAAUCUAUAAAUACAAGUUUAAGCAAAUAAAAAGUCGGAAGAAGAUGAUUGAUUUAUUGAUUCAGUGUUAUGAAAGUCAGAAUCGCCCAGCCUUAGGUGUUCUACAGGGGAACAUUCCAACUGAGACACAGAAGUCAUUGGAAACGUCUGAAAAUUUAGCCGGCUCAUCCACUCAAGUCAAAGCCAGUAUUUCUUCCCCUCAACGAGGCCGUGCCCGACCGAAAAAAGAUACCACUGCUCCCGUCUCAUCACCUAAGCCCAAGUCAAAGGCAAGAUCAAAGAUGACAGAUACAGUGGCAUUUCUAGAAAUGGACAGCGACACCCCACUCUCCGAGAUCCGCACACCGAAAAAAACCAAGAAAGGAAAACAACUUCCCGAAGAUGUCUCCGACUCUGAUCAACCCACGACGCCUUCACCCCCGCGGCGAUCACCCUCUCAAAUCCGAAAAGCAUCCAAGGCGCUAGAGUUAUCUCCUGCGGAUGGUGAUCGAGAUGAUGAGGCUCAGCAAGCACGACUUUUUACUCACAUCUCAACUGCGAUUACCAGUGCGCCUCCUUCACAAGACCCAUCGAGUCCAAGCUGGCAUGAGAAAAUAUUGCUCUACGAUCCUAUUGUGCUGGAAGACCUAACGUCGUGGCUGAAUACUGGAGCAUUGGGUGGGGUGGGUUGGGAUGGGGAAGUGGCCCCGAAAGAGGUUAAAAAAUGGUGUGAAAGUAAAAGUAUUUGCUGCUUGUGGAAGGAGAAUCAAGGUGGUGGAGCGAGGAGUAGAUUUUGA